ACAUUGCUCAAAGGGUUUCAUUUUCACAUCAGACUUAGCUUUAGACAUCUAAUAUAGACUAAGGUGAAAAUAAAGCUAAAAAAAUGUUUUCACUUUCUUAGAAUUGUGUGAAAAUCUUAAAACUUAAAACUUUAUUAAAAAGCUGGUUCUGAGUCUAAAUUUCAAAAGAAACAUAUUAUCUUGUAGAGAACCGAAUUCUCUAUCGAUUAGUGUGGCCUUCCAUUUUUAUUAGGAAAAGUGUAUAGGUGAGGAAAUUGAAAUACAGUUUUUAAAAAAUGUAAAACUGGGUNAAACUAAUGUGAGAUUCGUAAUCAGCGUCGAAAACUGCAUCUAGUGAUAUGCUCCUAUCAGUUCUACUCUAAAAUAAUUUUUUCAAAAACUUGAUCAGCGAAGUCUCGAGUUACGUGGACAAGCCGCUGACUCCUUUAGCUUUUGUCGACUUUUCACGUUGAAAAAGUAUUCGAGAUUUCACCAAACAACGAAAAUGACGUCAAAAUUUCAAAAUACACUAGUCGAUACAGUUUUGGAUCCUGAUUUCGAAUAUGAUAGUUUUAUUGGAUAAAACUUGGGUUUUGAUGGAGAAAAUUGAGAAUUACGAGGAGAAUUCUGACUUUGCAGAGACAUUUCUAAAGUCAGGAUGCCCUACGACAGUUUAUUUCUUUAUAUUGUAUAUAUCAAGUUGUGGCUCGACAAAUUCUCUAUCGAAUGGUAUAUUUAUUGUAGUGACCGGAUAAGACAUGUUGACAUAGAAUAUCUGAGACUUUUUGCAUGUAGUAGAUCAUUUUCCAUAGCAAGACGUAUUUCUAAACAUACUUGGCGUCAGAACGACUAUUUCCGCAUAUGUGAUAUACAGAAAUAUAGCGAAGUAAAAAGCUUUCGAAUGAUAUGUAAUAGUCGUGAAGAAUUGUGAAACUGAGAGAGAAAGAUUCAGAAAGACGAUCUAUAAUAUAUAUCCGAUGCAGUAGAAAGUUAAUCAAAUUUAAUUGGAUUAAUUCUUUUCUGUGAGUGGUUCUAAGGUAUAUUUCCCUCUUCAUUCUACAUCUACUCUUCGAUUAGUCGAUAAAAUUCAAGCAUGGGUCGAUUUCAUCAGAUAAUCGCUCUCGUCGUUUGUCUAUGACGAAUUUCUUCUUGAUCACGAACUAAACCAUUAAAAGCACUUCACUAAAAAUCACAUGCUAAAAGUAACAGGAACAGUGAUUAUAAUUUUCUGUAUACUUUUCGAGAGUACAGCAGACGAUGUAACUAUUAAUAUUGUUUGUUGAGAAACCGUUGAUAAACGUGAAUAAUAUUUGUAUGACUAACUCAACUAAAUUCAUUAUUUUAUUUAAUUAUAUAGAAGCUUUCAACUCAGACUAGAGUCAUAGUCAUCAUCAGUUACAUAUUUGAUAAGAGAAACGACAUAUAUAUAUGUCAGACAAAAAAUGGAAUGAUCAUCGCCUGAUCUUAUCUACUAAUCACUGAACAUACUUUUGAACAGUGCAAGGAGAAGAAUAACAAUAGAUAUCUAUUGCGGUGUUGAUAUAACUAUUAUUUUCUCAAUUUCUUUUUGUUUAAGGUGCCAAUACAUUUCAGAUUAAUUCAAAAUCAAUUUGACGCCGUCCAGAUCUUUCCUAAUUUCUAUUUAGUUCUACUUUUACAACAAUUAGUACAAGAGAUUGCAUUGCUACUGGAACCGAUUAGUGAGUCUAAUUACCUUUGAUUUUCCCUCCCUAAUUCAUCAUCACUGUCUUUUGCUUAGUUUCGGGUAAACAAUGUAUUUCAUGUUCAUUAAUUUCCACAUCAACAUUUCAACAGUUGAUCAAAUUAUUAAACUGUAACUUACUGAAUUUAAAUGGUCGACAAAAAUUGUUAUUUCUAUUAAAAUCAAUUGGAAAUGAUAUUUGUACGUAUUUUGUUGAUUUACAUAAAAAUCCAAGGGAUAUUACACCACAGAAAUUAUGGAAAGUUUUGGAUGAAUGUUGUCGUAUACCAUCGCCCUGUUCGUCUGAAAUUGUUAAUGAACUAUUAGAAUCCAUAAAAACUCCGAACGUGCUCGAUGUGAUCUAUAAAACGAGACGUUCUAUUUUUAAUAUUUGGUUCCAUGAUUGGGAAGAAGAUCGUGAUCCACGUGAAGACAUUGUCGUCAAAAUGUCAUUUAAUUCUUGGUCUUAUAUAUCAGAUUAUAUGAAAAUGAGUGUUAAGACAAGAACAACAUCUAUAGAAGAUCUUACAGCAUUAUUUGAUGCUAUUAGUGAUCCAUAUGAAUUUGAAGACUUAUUAUACGCAUUUACACUUCUUUCAUCAAUUGAUCCGAUAAAUUCUAGCAGUUAUCAAACACUAAGUGAAUCAUUGAAAGCUUUAAAAUGUAUUUUAACAAAGUUUCUACAGUUUACUCAUCUUAAACACGGUUUUACUCCAAAAGCAACAUGGAUUCGAUUUAAAUCAAAAAAACCAUCUUAUGGUAGUUUUUAUCAAUCAUACGUAAAUCCAAUUUAUUCAUUUUAUUAUAAUCAAAAUAAAUCAUUGCCACCGCCUUUAUGUCUUAAACAAGUCAGCUAUCAAUGUGCAACAAUUGAUAAUGACAUUGAUGUCGAUGAUUUGUUGUCAGGACAUUUAGAUUCCCGGAAGCGCAGAUCUUAUUUAUGGUAUAGUUCGAACUGGGAAUUGAAAGAAGAAUUGUUAAAAAUAAAAGAAAUGAAUAUUGAACAACUUAGUUUGUAUAUUAAAACAAUCCAUGAUAAUAAACCGUCGAAUUGGUAUGAACUUCGACCCGCAUGCGAAAAAGUCAUUGAAAAACGAAUAAUUAGUGUACAACAAAUUUUAACAUUGACAACGGUAGACGAAGAGCGAAAAACCAUGUUAUUAAAACAAUUAAAAGAAAUUUGGGAUCUAUUAGUGUCUGGUAGUUUGAAACCAUUUUCAAUAUUUGAACAUCAAAAACAAAAUGUACGAUAUCCAAUAGAAAAGAAGAAACAAAAAUUACCAAGAAAUAAAAAUUUAGUUCUUAUGCAUAGAAAGUAUUAA